GCGCCGGCCCCGCCGCCGCGGGGGAGACGCGGCUCCCGGCGCUGUGCGCCCGAGCUGCUGCUGCUGCUGGUUACGCCAGCCCCGCCGCCUGCCUCUCCGCUCUCCUCGCCUCUGAUUCUGCGCACAGCCAGCCCCAAAGCCUGUCAUUCUGCAAAACACAGUUUACUCAACAGAGAGAGCGAGUGGGGGAGCGGGAGAGGUGGAGAGAGGGAGACGGCGCGGAGGAGCCCAGUCCCGCACCCCAGCAUGGCUUCGGGGGACCUUUACGAGGUAGAGAGGAUUGUAGACAAAAGGAAGAACAAGAAGGGCAAAUGGGAAUAUCUCAUUAGGUGGAAAGGCUAUGGGAGCAAUGAAGACACCUGGGAACCUGAACACCACCUACUCCAUUGUGAGGAAUUUAUUGAUGAGUUCAACAGACUGCACGUUACCAGAGAGAAGCGCUCCAGGCAUGGCAAACAGGGCAGCACUCCCAAACUGCUGCGGGAAAGCCGAGGCUCAUCUGUUGAGAAAAUAUCACAUAGACCUUCUGAAUCUGGGAAGUCUAAAGGAUCAACACACAAAAGGAAGAGAAUUAAUCCAUCUCAUCAAAAACAGAAACGAGGAUAUGCAGCAAAGCCAGGAUCUGCAAAUGACAGGGCUGCUAAAACUGUGACUUACCGAACUACUCCCAGCGGUUUACAGAUUAUGCCACUGAAAAAGCCACAUAAUGGUCUGCAGAAUGGAGAUGGCAGCCAUGAGAAAGAUUCUAGACAUUUUGGGAAUGGCUCACAGCAGCAAAAUGUGGAUAUAAAUGAUCACGAAGGAGAACAAAACUUGCCCAGCGUGUUGGAAGUCAGUAACAAUUCCCCUGUGGUGAAUGGAAUUGGUUCUUCUCUGGCCAAUGGAAGCUUGAAUCUACACAGCACUGUGAAAAGGAAACUUGAUGGAGAGAAAGAUUAUGUGUUCGAUAAGAGACUGAGAUACAGCGUGCGCCAAAAUGAAAGUAACUGUCGCUUCAGGGACAUUGUGGUCCGGAAAGAAGAUGGUUUCACACAUAUUUUGCUGUCGAGUCAGACUUCAGAGAACAAUGCACUGACCCCAGAGAUCAUGAAGGAAGUUCGGAGAGCAUUGUGCAAUGCAUCAGCUGAUGACAGUAAACUCUUACUUCUCAGCGCAGUGGGAAGUGUAUUCUGUAGUGGCCUAGAUUACUCAUAUUUAAUUGGCAGGUUAUCCAAUGACAGAAGAAAGGAAAGCACUAGGAUUGCAGAAGCUAUAAGGGAUUUUGUAAAAGCUUUUAUUCAAUUUAAGAAGCCAAUUGUGGUUGCUAUCAACGGCCCUGCUCUGGGGUUAGGAGCUUCUAUUUUACCACUCUGUGAUAUCGUUUGGGCAAGUGAGAAGGCUUGGUUUCAGACACCAUAUGCAACAAUCCGACUCACUCCAGCUGGCUGCUCAUCAUACACAUUCCCACAAAUUCUGGGUGUUGCACUGGCAAAUGAAAUGUUGUUCUGUGGGAGAAAGCUGACAGCACAGGAAGCCUGCAGCAGAGGACUGGUGUCACAAGUAUUUUGGCCAACAACAUUUAGCCAAGAAGUGAUGCUACGAGUGAAAGAAAUGGCAUCCUGCAGUGCAGUGGUAUUGGAAGAGUCCAAAUGUCUCGUGCGGAGCUUCCUGAAAUCCGGACUUGAAGAGGUGAACGAGAAGGAGUGUCAGAUGUUAAAACAGCUGUGGAGUUCUUCCAAAGGACUGGAUUCAUUAUUCAGCUACUUGCAAGACAAAAUUUAUGAAGUCUGAUAUCUUGGCCUAACUUAAAGAGAAAUUGCUCCAGUUGUGACCAGAGUCAGACAUGACCAUGUUUGAGAAGCAGAGGCAAUGCAUCAGUGAGGAAUUUGUGACAGUGAUCCCAAUGCCUGUGGCUGUGUGAGCUGCACAGCUGCUUGUAGCUGGUUUGAUUUUGUGUAACCAAGACGUGGGCAGGCGUUCAGUGCACGUAACCUGUGCAGAGGCUGCAUCUUUCACAUUGCUCAUCCACAUCCAACUCUACAUUCCAUGUGCUGAGAAGCACCACUGAGGCCCAGCAAGGCUCACCCACCUGUAAGGGUUUAUUUUAUCUGUCCUUCUUAACUUAUUCUUGCUGUUGCAGCACAUCUGGGCUGACACAGAGGGCUCAGUCUAAAAUCCGGGUCAGCACGACCUUUGGU